AUGAGACGAGCGCUAUGGAGUUAUCGAGGCGCACAACUCAUCCACAGUCCAGAGAAGAAAGCUGUCUUGUCCAAUUUGACGACGCUGAUAACCUCAAUCCGCAGAAUUGGCCGCUCAAGAAGAAGUCGGUUAGCCACCUUCUGCUGCUCCAGCAACGAACUGACGAAGACCAGGCUCUAUACCUUCGCACUCGUUAGCUUCGCUACCAUGAUUGUGUCAAUGACAAGCAGCAUAUUCUCGACCUUGGUACCAACCGUUUCCAGCAAGUACGGAAUAUCUAGAGCGGUUGGGAAUCUAGGGCUUUCGUUGUACGUACUUGGAUUCGCUACCGGGCCUCUUAUCUGGGCGCCGUUCUCCGAGCUCAAGGGACGCCGAUUGCCCUUUGUGCUGAGUAUGUUUGGCUUCACCGUGUUCUCUUUUGCGACAGCCGCUUCGAAUGAACUACAAUCUAUUUUCAUCAAUCGUUUCUUCGCUGGCUUCUUUGGCGCUUCCCCGUUCACUCUUGCUGGCGCUGUCUGCAGCGACAUGCUGAGCGCGCAAGCCUUCACAACUAGCAUGGUUGGUUUUGGUAUCACUGUCUUCUCUGGACCUCUCCUGGCUCCAACAAUUGGCGGCUUUAUAGUCAUGGAGGAGCACCUUGGUUGGCGUUGGACACACUAUCUCGCCGGUAUUCUUGGGGUAGCUUCGUUCAUUUUGGUUCUCUUUUUUCUAACCGAAUCCUAUGCCCCCGUCAUAUUAGUCUCGAAAGCAAGGUGUCUCCGCCAGGAAAGUAGGAACUGGUCCAUCCACGCAGCACAUGAAGAAAUUGAAUUAAAUUUCCACUCAAUCUUUCAGGAUUACUUCGCCAUACCGCUCAAGCUGCUCGCGCUCGACCCUAUCAUCCUGUGCAUAUGUGUCUUUGGUGCCUUCGUGUACGGUCUGCUCUACCUCUCAAUCACGACAUAUCCAAUUAUCUUCCAACAGAUCCACGGCAUGAAUCCCGGCGUUGGCGGUCUCCCGUUCGUAGCAGUCAUUGUGGGCCAAGUGUUCGCCGGGAUCGUGAUGUACGGCAGACAACGUUCGCUUAGCCGCUUGAUUCAAGAAAACAACGGCGAGCUCGUUCCUGAAUGGCUACUUCUGACGGCCAUACCUGGUUCUGCGGCGUUCUCGACUGGUCUCUUCUGGCUCGGCUGGACGGGGUACCGAAGUGAUGUUCAUUGGAUCUGGCCUACUUUGUCAGGAAUACCCACAGGGUUCGGUCUCAUCACUAUGUUCCUCCCGUCUGUGCAGUAUGUUGUUCAUGUCAGGAGGAACAGGGCUGCCUCUGCCAUUGCAGCACAUACGUUCCUCCGCUCGCUGGCCGGCUCGGGGUUUCCGCUUUUUGCAACUUGUAUGGUACGUAAUCUUACCCUUCAAGAAUCUGGCAUAGCGCUUAUAUUCUUUUUGUAG